AUGGAUAGCUUUGACGUGUCCAGCAUCGGCAUGGCUCUGAAUGACGUGACUGACGCGCAGAACGCCAGAAAGGCCGAAGCUGCAAGUACUGCUCGUGAAAAGGGGUGGGUUGAGCCCGAGGGCUACGACUACGCCAAAUACAAUACUCUGCCCCAACUGCCUAAACCUGGUGAGAACAUUGAACCAGAGCAGCGGCAGGAGCAUCAGGGGCUCCCCGAGUGGGCGGCUAACGCUGCGAAAUACGAGUGGAAGGACGAGUACGGUGACGUUGGCCCCCCCAAUCCACAGUUGGAGGAUAUGCUGUUCCGGAGCGACUUCAUCAACCGGACCGGCCUCAAAAUUGGAAAUCUUCAAAACAUUGAAGUGAUCGCCGAGAGUAGGGAGCGACCUCAGCCCGUCAAGAGCUUUGAUGAUGCCGGGCUGCACCCCAUCAUAUGCGACAACAUCAAGCUCUGUUGCUACGAUGUCCCCACCCCCAUCCAGGCUUACGCCAUUCCGGCUGUCUUGACCGGCCAUGAUCUUAUCGCGAUUGCCCAGACUGGUUCUGGAAAAACUGCCGCUUUCCUGAUUCCCGUCUUGUCGCAGUUAAUGGGAAAGGCAAAGAAGCUUGCCGCUCCUCGCCCGAACCUGGCAGAUGGCUUUAAUCCAAGCACUGACUCUGUUGUCGCAGAGCCUCUGGUCCUGAUCGUUGCACCCACCAGGGAGCUCUCCACUCAGAUUUUCGAUGAAGCACGUCGACUCUGCUAUCGGUCGAUGUUGCGUCCUUGCGUCGUUUAUGGUGGCGCCCCAGUGCGCGACCAGAGGGACGAACUGCGGAAGGGGUGCGACAUCCUGAUUGGUACACCUGGUAGACUCCUUGACUUCAUGGAUAAACCUCAUAUCCUCUCCCUUCGUCGUGUCAAGUACACCAUCAUUGACGAGGCUGAUGAGCUUCUCCUCGCGGAUUGGGAGUCGGAUUUUAAUAGGAUUAUGUCGGGUGGAGAUAUCAAUGAGGACGCGGACCACCGUUACUUGAUGUUCUCGGCAACAUUCAACAAGGAGUGCCGCCAGCUGGCCCGCAAGUUCCUUGCUGAUGACCACGUUCGGGUUCGCAUCGGACGUCCUGGCAGCACCCAUAUCAACGUGGACCAGAAUAUUGUGUACGCUGAAGAACAUCUCAAGAAGAAGUGCCUCUACGACUUGCUUCUGGCGAUGCCUCCUUCUCGUACCCUGAUUUUUGUCAACUCGAAGUCACAGGCCGAUUUCUUGGAUGACUACCUGUAUAAUAUGGGCUUGCCCAGCACCUCGAUCCACUCGGACCGUACUCAACGCGAGCGUGAAGAUGCCUUACGUUCUUUCCGUAGCGCCAAAUGCCCCAUCCUCGUCGCUACCGGGGUCUCGGCUCGUGGCCUUGACAUCAAGAAUGUUAUGCACGUUGUUAACUUCGAUCUCCCGCGCCAGUCUCAUGGCGGGAUUACCGAAUACGUUCAUCGCAUUGGACGUACUGCCCGUAUCGGAAAUGAAGGGCUCGCCACCUCUUUUUACAACCACGAUCGCGAUUCGGACCUCGCCCCUUACCUUGUCCGGCUUCUUCUGGAGACAAAGCAGAAGAUACCAGACUUCCUUGAAUCCUACAAGCCUGCCGAUGGUGAGACUUUGUUUGAGGACGAUACCGACGAGGAAGGGGAAGGUAAUGGCGAGAGUGCCAACGAGGACAUCGGCAAUGCCUGGGGUGGAAUUCCGACGGGUGAUACUAGCGAUGCCCCUGCCCCUGCCGUCAACUACGACUUCUAG